AUGAUGUUGGACAUUCUUGACAGCCCGAUCGCUAUACUUGGUAUAAUAAUGUUGCAUAAUUUAUGGAACCAUGUGGCUUUAACGAUCAUUUAUAUAAAACAUUGUUUAGUUGAUGUGAAGAAUCAACGAAAGUCGAAGAUCAAUACGAAAACGUUUGCGUCUUUCAUAUUGAUUGUUCAUUAUUGGUCUUUAUUCAAUUAUUUGUUCGAACGAGGAUGA